AAGGUUCCGGGGCUCCCUCGCCCCCCUACCCCCCGGGCCCGCGGCCUUUCCCUUCCUUUUUCGGGGCCCCUGAGUUCUCGGGGCCCUCGUACGACCUCCCCCCGCCCCUUCUUAUCAAACUGGAUAAAUCCCGGCUUAGGAGAAUGUUCCCUCUUCCUCCACGGGAGCAAGCAUCUGUCUUUGGGAGGAUGCUCAGCUUCUUCUGGAGGCGAUGGAGUCGAUAGAACCCCAGGAGCCACCCCAACCGUUGGAAUCCCCAAACCCAGCAACAUCUGAAGAAUCCAAGGAGCCAAAGGAGCUGGCUGAUUGGAACCCUCUCCUGAAGCCUGUGCUUACUGGAGACGUUGAGGGGCUGCAGAAGAUUUUUGAAGAUGCCGAAGAGCCUCACCAGGGAGAGGCCAUGCAGUUGCUCUUGGAACAAGAUGUCGCUGGGAGAGAUUUGCUGUAUGCAGCGUGCAUGGCUGGACAAAGUGAAGUGAUCAGAGCACUGGCAAAAUAUGGGGUAAACCUGAAUGAAAAAACAGCCAGAGGUUACUCGCUCUUACACUGUGCUGCAGCCUGGGGCCGCCUGGAAACUUUGAAAACCCUCGUCGACUUGGACGUUGACAUCGAGGCAUUGAACUUUCAGGGUGAAAAUGCUCAAGACGUGGCUGCUCGGUACUCCCAGGUGGAAUGUGUAGAAUUCCUGAAAUGGGCGGAUGCUAAGUUAGCUCUGAAAAGGAACAUUGCCAAGAUCCAGGCAACUAUGGCAGACACAGAGAAGGUGCAGGGAAAACUCAAUAAGGAAGACAAGAACACUGCUCUUAAUGCUUGCCGGGCAAAAGCUGACUGGCUGGAAACUCAUAAGGAGUCUUCUAUCCAAGAAGUUCUGGAGCAGAAGCAACAACUGGAUGAUAUUGUGCAACCUAUUUUCUUGAAGAUAUUUGCACCACGUCCAGUUAAAAGUGCCAAAUCUGUGAUAAACUGAACCGUACUGGAGAGCAAGCUAUCCACAGUCCUACAUUCUCAAUUGAAGAGAUGUUAAAAAAAAAUUUGAUCACAUCUAGCUAAUUAUCAGAAAAUAAAUCCUGCAAGUGCCUAUAAAAAUUAGGAAAAAGAGGUUUUAAUAAUGAAGUAAGGUUUCUAAAUAAAAAUCCUCACUUUUUUACUCUGCCUUUAUGGCUUGCUAAACAAACACAUUUUGUGGUUUGGGGAAUUUUAAGCACAAAGGAUAUCCCUUUGUCAACUUUUUACUUCCUCUCAAUAGUGCCAUUUUCUUCAAACCCAAGUGGGGAUGUUCAUCUUCUCACGAAGGCUACAUUUAGUCUUCAGAAAUGAAUUAGGGGAGGAUGUUCCUAAGUAAAUAACUUCCAGUGAGAACCCUCUUCAAUGAUUUCACCUAUGUCCAGGGACAAAGCUAUCUGGGAAUUUCAAAAAGUUGAAUCCACAGAAGGUGAGUUUUCCAGGAGACUUUGAGGCAAGCAAACCUUGGCAACCAAGCAAACUCACUUAGGUCGGUGGGGAUACUACACCUGGAUGGAAUUCCUUCUUUCCUGCCUGAAAGCUAUGAUCAUGAGCUAGAUUUAAUCAUGAGUCAAGGCUGUGAAUUUGAUACUCAAGAUUUUUCCCAUUUUGCCAUGCAUGUAGUCUGAGAUACAACCCAAGUUCUGUUUUGGAGCCUUCUUGCAUGUUUCUUAUUUCUCCUUUAGAUUAUGUGUGUUUUUAACUUUGAUUAGUCAGUUGUGUUUAUUGAGUGCCUUUUGUGUGCAGAGCAUGAUACUAGGCACUUGGACAAGUACAAUAGAAUCAGUAAACAGAAUCCCUGCCCUCAAGUAGCUUUCAGCCUAGUGGGGAAAAACAGAGCCCUAACAUAAAUUACAGAUAGCGGGAAGUAAUAGACUAUAAAGAUGUGUACAUAAGUAUUGAGGAAGGGUGUGAGUACACAAGUGCUUAGCUGGUGUGGAAAUACUGAAGUGGCAUUAGGUGGAUAUAAAGUGAGGAGAUUAGAAAUGAAUGAAGAUGGAAUUAAAGAAGGUCUUUGAAGAUCGGGAGAGCAUUUCUAUCAGAUGUGAAGCGGGAGGGUAUUAGCGAGAAGCUAGGAGUGGGAGAGAUGAGUGUGGGGCACAAGAUUCCUUGGUUAGGUUCCAGUUGAUGAUUGAAGGCACCCUCUCCCAUUCUACUUAACCAAACCAUGGAACCAUCCAGUUUCUCAAGUUAAAUUUUGAAAAAAGUAUUUCUGAAAACAAAUGUAAGCACCAGGAGUUUUUAUCUAUCUUCAGUUUUGUAAAAUAUAAAUAUUUAAUUUUGAGAAGUGUUUUUAAUAUGAGUAUCCACAUUCCCUGGACAUAUCAUUUGACCUGUGCCCUCAUGCCAAAGUAUUGGUUUACCUGGUAACCUCUGCUUUGUUGAAUGGUUUCUCUUAGAGCCUAUUCAUGAGGGCAAACAGUGCACAUAUCUUUAUUAUUCUGAAAUGUAUCCAAGCAGGUCAAGAUAGCCAUUGGGAGGCCAGUUGACAGGAAUCAAUCAAUUGCAUUUUUGAGCCCUGACUGUGUGCAGAGCACUGUACUAAGUGCUUGGGAGAGUAUAAUAUAAGAAUAUAGCAGUCACAUUCCUUGUCCACACCGAGCUUACACUCUAGGAAGCAAUGCCAGUUCAAUAGCAAGCUAAAGUGUACAUGUUAUUAUGUAAACAGUAGUUUUGGACCUGAAAUGAAUUUUAUCUACACCAGUGCUUAAUACAGUGCUUGGCACAUAUAAGUGCUUAACAAUACCCCAAUUGUUAUGCCAUAUCCUGAUUCUGAGCCAGUUUUAUUAACAUCAUCUAAAAGCCAUUCUUUAUAUAUAAAAUAAUAAUAGUAUUUGUUAAGUGUUUACUAUGUGUAAAGUACUAUUCUAGGUGCUGGGAUGGGUACAUGUUAAUAGGUCACAUAGUCCCACGUGGGGUUCCCAAACCAAGUAGAAUUUCUUCCUAUGGCAAAUCAAGAUUACAGCAGUUGCAUUUUGGAGCACAGUGACUCAACUAACAUACUUAGGGCAAGAUUUUCCUUAAAUUUACUUAAAAGUUGGGCAUGUCCCUUUCAAUUAGGGGCAGAUUGGUGGAUGAAAUAUUACAGAAAGACUUUCCUGCUGAUUAGAUUUGCUAAUGCUGACAGGCUAAUUUUUGUAUUCCACAUCCAGGUGAAGAAAGCCUUGUUGUGAUGCCUUUUGCUCCCUAUGCUAAUUUGAACUGGGUUUGCUUACAGUCAAUGUUUGUAAAUCCAAAAAGGCAAUAUUCUUCAAUAAGAGUUGAUAGCUCUGCAACUAAAAUUGAGAAAUUAAGAAUUUACCUUUGUUCAGGGAUUGAUGACAAUACUUCCUUUCAGCUUUUCCACAGGGGAAAAAGGGAUGAUAGGUGGGGCGGGGAGAAAGGGGCAGGGAUUUGUUAUAUUUAAAACUAGAUAUUUACUCAGUGGCUUUUAAACACGGGUAGAUUGAGCAAACCUUCCUAUCCUUUUAGCAAAUUAUAAUUCUAGAAGUGUUUGUCUGGUUCUAAUCUCUUUUUACUAGGUGAAGUUACUAAGGAGAAUGGUGUGCAACUUCUAAUUGUUGAAUGUCUCUGCUCCAUGCUUGCACCAAAUCUAAUAAAUUGCUUUGGGCUAAAACCA